UGUUGGACUUCAGAACUUUGAUCGGUCCAGUUUCCAGCUGAAACCUUGAGCAUGAUCCGCUGACGGUCUGAGGACGAACCGGACCGGGCUGAAGAAGAAGAUGAUGAUGGAGGCGGAGCAGCCGGGAGGCGGAGCUAAAGAAGACUCUCGUCCAAUGGAAGCAGGCGGCGAGCAGAGCGAUGGCGACUCCACGAAGCCGCGGGUUGCCAUGGAGACGGAGCCCAGCAGAGAACCUCCAGAACCUCCAGUGACGCUACAGAAGCUGCAGACUGGACCUGUGGUGGUUCAGGGCAGCAACCAGAACUCGGCCAGUGAGAAGCUGCAGAGAGUCCGCAAGUGGAGCAUCAGCAAGUACAAGGUGACCCGGCAGGCCCUGUCAGAGAAGCUGGGCCGCGGCUCUCGGACCGUGGAUCUGGACCUGGAGCCUCGACUAGAGCUACUGCAGGAUGACCGGCAGCGCUACAGUCACAUGACCCGGCUCGCUCAGACACUAGCCAAUCAGCUCGCUCAGUUCACCGUUACCCAGAAGACCCUGGGAGACGCCUUCACCGAGCUCAGCCUGAAAACGCCGACACUGCACGUGGAGUUCGGCGCGAACGCUGAAGCUCAGAAGUUUGUGUCGCGGAGCGGCGAGACGCUGGCGACGGCCGUCAACGCCUUCACGUCCGACAUGAACACGCUGAUCACCAAGACGAUGGAGGACACCAUGAUCAACGCCAAGCAGUACGAGGCGGCCAGGGUCGAGUAUGAUGCGUACCGGGUCGACCUGGAAGAGCUGAACCUCGGACCGCGGGAUGCCGUCACUCUGCCCAAACUGGAGCAGGCCCAGAAGAACUUCCAGAGCCAGAGGGAGCGGUACCAGAAGGUCCGAGACGACCUGUCGGUCAAAGUGAAGCUGCUGGAGGAGAACAAGGUUAAAGUCCUCCACAACCAGCUGUGGCUGCUCCACAGCGCGGUCGCCGCCCACAGCACUUCCUGUCACCGCUUCCUGGAACACAACAUCCGACAGGUGGAGCAACACCUGAGCGACGCUCCGUCCUGGUUGGAGGAGAGCUGACGGCUGCAGGUCCACGGGCUGGGGGGAACCGGUGGGCUGGACGGGGCGUUCUGAUUGGUGGGUUUAUUUAGAGCAGAGCCACCCUCUGAACCCGACAGGUUAGAAUCAAAGCAUCAGCGGGUCACACCUCGUUCAGCCGAAGCUGUAACAGAACCGUCCGACUGUCUGUGAACUCAUCGUCUGAGAACCUGAAUCACUUCAAUCUUCUCGUCUCAUUUGAAGCUCUGCCAAAAGUAAACUGUUGCUCAAACUAGAUCCUACAAAAAACUAGAAGUUCUGGGGUCCUCGGCGUAGCCACGAACCGGGCCGACUGAGUCCGGUGGGAAACAUCAGAACUUUCAGCUGAACUGCAGGCAGUGUUUCCACAGAGCCCAGAGGACAGAACCAACGAACCCGUUAGACGUCUGGAAUACAUGGAGACGUGUUCAGUGAAACAUCUGGAAACAUGGUGGCUCCGGGUUCCAGUUCCUCUCUGGUUCCCUCUGACGUCUCUGAGUUCUGUCUCCCCAUGAGGUUCUGGUUCCUCAGAGCUGCAGGACUUGAUGCUGAAACAUGAACCUCAGUGAGUUCACGAGUCAGGAGCUGCUGGUUGGGUUCAGAGGGUUGCUUCUGUAGUUUGGGUUGGGGGUUCUGCAGCAUCUGUUGGGCUGUUGGCUGCAGAACCGGGGCUGUGUGGGUGUUUGAGGGUUUUCUGGGUUCUGGAGAGAAACAUGCAGGAAAUGAUCCUGAACCGGUGCUCCGUCUCCGUCUGAUGCUCUGAGGCUUGAAGCUUCUCUUUGAACUUCAGAACUCCUCGGCCGACUCAGCAGCACCGUUAAACAUCACCGGUUCAGGAACUCUGUCCAAAGCUCAGGCCGCCUGAAAUAUUCCAGGGCUCCACGCACCAUCAGCCAGAGUCCAGGUGGACCAGCUCACCUGGUUCAGGGAACAUCUGCAGCUUCCUGUGAUGACUGCGAGGCGUUCAGGGAACACCAGUAAACAGUUGAAGACCUGGAUGAAAGCAUGUAAAAGUGACUUUGGAGCCCUGAAUGUGUCACGCUGAUGUUCUGAUUGACCUUGAAGCUGUUCUGGUGAAGUGUAUGAAUGUUUCUUGUUUACCUCAACAACAACAACAACAACAACACGUUUGUGCAAUAAUGACCAAAGAUGUUUCUGGUCCUGCCGGUGACACCAGGUGUCCCACCUGAGCCGAGUUUAAAAGGGAACUUUCACUCAGCGGUACCGAGCCUCUGGUGGUGCGUUCAGGGACCAGGAUCAGCUUCAGACUGAACUCCACCUCCAGCUGGCAGAGUUAGAUGUUUUGUUUGGUGGGUUUGUUGAGGUGCUGCUGUUGGGAUGAGUGAUGCUCACUCACCAGCUUCAUCUUCUUGAGCUUUCAGCUGCAUCUUUGAUGGACCAGCGAACCUCGAGUUCAGCGUUUUAAGCAACCGCCAUCGUUUCUGAGAAAAACCUCAUGAGUGGAUCUUUAGUGUCAAGAUUGAUAAUAAAUGCAAUAAAUGUCAGCUGAUUAUUCCAGAUGUUUAUGCUGUGGUCAUUAGAGAAGAGCGAGCAGAUGUUGAGAAGCUGUCGGACAUGUUGGAGCCUCACUGCCUUCCCUGAACCGUCCCUGAAACAUUUAAAUCAAAUAAAUGUGUGAACAGUGAACAGCA